AUGGGGAAACUCGUUCCCAAUGUCUUCAAUCUUCUCGUUGUGGUUUACGUGGCUCUAGGCUCGACAGCAUGCUCGUAUGGCAUGGCAGUGAUUGGUACAACGAUCGGACAACCCUCGUUUUACAAGUCUCUGGGGUUAGCUCCACAAGGCCAACCAGGGUACAGCAGAACAGCACAAUGGAUAGGAGCAUUCAAUGGUGUUAAUGCUGCUGGUUCUGCUGUGGGAGCCGCUCUCUGUGCCUAUCUAGCAGAUAAGUACGGACGAAAGCGUAGCAUACAAGGAGGAGCUUUAGUCCUCAUUAUCGGCGCUGCCAUCUGUGCUGGAUCCAUCAAUAAUGGCAUGUUCUGCGCUGGUCGACUUAUCAAUGGUUUAGGUAUCGGUGCGCUAGUGACAGCAAUUCCUAUAUACCAAGCAGAGGUCAGCACGCCUGAGUCCAGAGGGUUCAUGGUGUCUAUGCAUGGCGUGAUGUUCGCCAUGGGUUACUCGUUGCAGGCGUGGAUCGGCUUCGGUGUAUCGUUCAUCUCGUCGAGCGGUUCACAGUCUUCCUUUCCUUGGCGCUUCUCUAUUGCCUUUCAGAUGGCACCUGCACUGGCACUUUUACUUGGCUCAGCAUGGCUACCAUUUAGUCCGCGUUGGCUCAUGCUGCAAGAUCGAUUCGAUGAGGCCCUCGACGUCCUGAAACGUCUACAUCGCUCGAAAGAUGACCUCAGUGACAUGAUGGCUGGAAAGGAAUACUACCAGAUGAAGAAGCAACUUGAUCUGGAUCGACAGAUCAAAGCGACGACCUCACCAUUCGAACUGUUCAAGACUGCUCCAAACCGUCGUCGUGCUCUUGUUGGAUUCGUGCUGAUGUGGAACAACCAAUUCACAGGCGUGCUGGUUAUCGCAAAUUAUGGAAUCAUUCUUUACAUCAGCUUAGGCAUGACCGGCUACAUGCCGCUCCUGUUGACAAGCUUGUGGGUAACAAGUACCUUCCCAGGAAACAUCUUCUGUGCUUUCUUUGUGGAAAGGUUUGGAAGGCGCAACUUUCUGCUCAUUGGCCUAAUUGGCAUUCUGGUGUGCCUUAUCUGCGAAAUGGCACUACAGGCGGAGUUUGUGGGCACAAGCAAUCGUGCUGGCCAGAACGCGGCGAUAUUUUUCUGCUUCCUCUUCAUCACGCCAUUUUGGAGCACAUUUAUGGAUGCGACACAAUUUUUGUAUGUCGCAGAGAUCUUCCCGACUCAUAUUCGUUCCCAAGGUACUGCCUUCAGCAUGAUGGGUAUCUACCUUGCAGACAUCAUCCUGCUUGUGGCAGGGCCAAUUGCUUUGGACAAAAUUGGUUGGAAGUUCUUCUAUGUGCUCAUUAUCCCGACAGCACUACAUGUUGUGUUCGUGUAUUUCAUGUGCCCAGAAACGAAGGGUCGAUCUUUGGAGGACAUCAAUGCACAAUUCGGCGAGCAGGUUGCUAUCCAUUACUACGGUGCUUCGGAACAAGAAAAGGCCGAACUUGAGGAAGAAGCAAUGCAUGUUGGCGAGCACGAGAAGGGUGCGAUAUCUGUUCAUGGAAAGACCAGCAUCGUGCACGAGGAGGGGGCUAUGCAGAGGUCCUAA